AUGGCGUCGCCGGUCUUGGCGAUUCGGGACGCGGUGCUCUUCCCGGGCGCGUACCUGCGCGUGUCGGUGGGCCGCGAGAGCAGCCUGCGCCUCGUGCAGGAGACGCUCUGGAAGUCGUUCCACGCGUCGCUCGAAGCGGCGGCCAUCGCGCCCGUCCACCUUGGCGUCUUCACCGAGCACGACGACGCGCUGGGCGUCACGGGUACGUUGGCGCGCGUCGUGCAGCUCCAGCGCGCGCGCACCUUUCGCAAGAACGUGCACGAGUACGAGUACUCGAUGCUCCUCCACGGGCUUGCGCGGGUUAGCAUUACCGAGACGCACCAGACGACGCCGUUCAUCCUCGCGUCGCUCGACAAGGUCGACGAUACGUACGACACCAACGGCGACGCCCGGCCACUGCGUGACCUGGUCAAGCACGUCACAGCCGCGUUCGCUGUCUCCAAGCGCAUGCAGCUGCCUCGGCUCUCGGACGACGACGACGACCGUGCGCUAGCCAAGAUCAGCGCCUGGAUCGACAUGCUCUCGGCCCAUCUCCAAGGCUCGCUGCAACAAAGCAAGCGCUUCUCGACGCAGCCGAUCCGCGCGCUCACCCUGUCCCGCAAACAACCCACGACACCCGCCUCUCUCUCCAAAUCUUACAAAGAGAACAGUUUCAACGACGACGAUGGCGACGAAAUGGAAGGCUUGGCCAAGAAGUUGGCCGCACUCGACGCCAGCUUGGCGCCCGCGACGGCCAAGGUCCUCUCGCGGGAGCUGGCACGGCUCAAGCGCAUGAGUCCGCAGCAGCCCGAGUACCACGUGAUCCAAAAUUACCUCGAGUUCAUGCUCGACUUGCCGUGGACGUCGCCGCCGCCGCCCGCGCUUGACAUGGCGACGGUCCAAGCGACGCUGGAUGCCGACCACUAUGGCAUGACCAAAGCCAAGACGCGACUCGUUGAGUUCAUGGCCGUGCGCCAGCUCCAGGACGCAGGCAAGGGUCUCAUCCUUUGCCUCGUGGGGCCACCGGGCGUCGGGAAGACAUCGCUCGCACAGUCGAUGGCCACGGCCACCGGUCGCCCGUUGGCGCGCCUCGCGCUUGGUGGGGUGGCCGAUGAGACCGAGGUCCGCGGCCACCGCAAAACGUACGUCGGCGCGAUGCCCGGAAGCGUUCUUUCGGCGCUGCGCCGGGCGCAAAGCGCCCAUGCACUCGUCGUCUUGGACGAGAUCGACAAGCUCUCGUCGCGGAACGCGUCGGCCUCGAGUGUGAGCCACGCGCUCUUGGAGGUGCUGGACCCGCACCAAAACCAUGCGUUCACGGACCACUACGCCAACGUCCCCUUCGAUCUUAGUCGCGUGCUCUUUGUUGCGACGGCCAACUCGGUCGAGACGAUUCCGCGGCCGCUGCUCGACCGAAUGGAAGUCCUCCAUCUGGACGGCUACACGCUGGAGGAAAAGAUGGCGAUUGCCAAUACGUACAUUUGGCCGCGGCAGCUCGCGCAGCACGGACUCGCAGACAAGUCAGUAGUGUUGGACGACGACGUGCUGCCGUUUGUGAUUCAGAGCCACACACGCGAGGCUGGUGUCCGCGACCUCGAGCGCAAGAUGGGCGCGAUUUGCCGCCACGUGGCCGUCCGAGUCGUGCAGCAACAACCGCUUCCAUCGAGUCUCUCGGUCGACUUUGUCUCGACUAUCUUGGGGCCAGACACGGUCCACGAUGAAGUCGCACUCCGCACGGGUGUCCAUGGGGUCGCCACCGGCCUCGCGUGGACGCCGUCGGGCGGCGCGAUCCUCUUUGUCGAAGCCACGGCCUUGCCUCGGUCAUCGUCCGCAUCGUCGUCAUCCAGUACGAUUGGUUUGCAGCUCACGGGGGCGCUCGGCGACGUCAUGAAGGAGUCGGCGCAGCUCGCACUCACGUGGCUGCGUGUCUACCUCGAGGAGUCUUCGACGUUAUUGAGUCAUAUUGGCGAGUUUCACAUUCAUUUCCCGCAUGGCGCGACACCCAAAGACGGUCCGUCGGCCGGCAUUGCGAUCGUCUCGGCGCUCGUUUCGGUCGUGACGAAGCGGCUCGUGCCCGUGGACAUGGCCAUGACGGGCGAGAUCACGCUGCGCGGUGUCGUCUUGCCUGUCGGUGGCGUGCCGCAAAAGCUCCAGGCCGCCAAGCGAGCGGGCAUUGCCCGUGUCCUCCUCCCCGCGGCCAAUCGCGCCGAUGGCGACGAGUGGGGGCCCAAGCUCGGGCUCGCGAUCACGUAUGUGAGCGACCUUAACGAUGUGCUUGCGACCGUCUUCGGUCUCCCGCGCGGCACGGCGUGGACCAGCCGUCUCUAGUCGUAUUUUUUCAAAAAAUGGCGUGUCGCAUGUGUACAGAAUGUCUUUUUCGUAUAAGUCCA